AUGCCUGCCAUUCCCACCACCGCUCGGUCUUCAUCCACACCCACUGGCCUCUUCUCCCCGGUCUUCCUCUACUCUCUCCUCGCGGUCUUUAUCGUUUUCGUCAUCAUCCUUAUCACUGUGUCCAACUAUCGUGCCAUGUCCCGCCGCAAUAACGCUGGUCAGAACAACGCGAACACACUUUGGACUACCGGUCCUACCUCGACGUCGUCGAUCCGCCCUCUAUCGGUACCCCGGUUCAAGCCGUUCCUACUCAGGACGGACCUCGCUUUACCCUUGGACGCGCAGCUUCGUCCUACCGCCGAGAAGGAGCUCACUCUCGUGCGCGGCAAGCGGAUGUCAAGGCCUAGAUCAUCCUCAUUCGAAGCACCGGUGCAACCGCCUCCACCAAUCUACGUGUCCCAACCGACCGACCUCGAUCCCAUGCGACCUAUCUCGGUGCCCAAAGCGGCGCCGCCAGUCGAGAUCAAGCUUGAUACGCCUCCUCUGACUCCCAUCGUUGCCAAGCAACCCAUUGAGGACUCUCGCAAGUGCGAAGAAGGUCUCUAG